UGGCAGUCAAAGGCAAGUGUCAAGUCAUACUGAUUAUAACAUUAUCGAUUGUGAGAACCGUGGCAUUCUACUAAACAGCUGAGGCACCGGGCGCGAGGUUAUUCUGCCGGGUUGUUUAGACGCAAUGCAGAUCACGUGUGCGCUGAUCAGCCAGCACCACCUUCUGUAUACGCCCUGUGGACAGUCCAUCCCUGUCUGUCCAAUACCAAAUCGGACGUGAGAGAAGAAAAAGACGUCUUAGGGUUGAGACUAGACGUCGGCGCGUCUGCGUGCCGCGCAUCCCCUUCGGUCGAUUCCAGCACGUUGCGCGCGCACUCACCUAGCGAGCCGACCGUUCGAACCCAUUCGGAGCGGAGUUGUCGCCUCGAGCGGUCGGUUCUACGCUACCCUGGGCGAUCCGUCGGCAGUCGCGCCGGCGCCGCCGUCGGCGAUGGACCACGACGACGAUAGGUCCUUGUCUCUGGGCACGGAGGUGUCGGCCUCCGUGCCGCCACCGAGCCCCCUCACGGGAUGUUAUUUACUCGCGGUGAUAGGCGAGCCUCACACUCACGAGCACAAGGAGAUCAUACUUCAGCGCCUCGUCAAAGGGCUGCUAUCAUGGGACUCUGGAGAGCACCAGGUCGACUUGGAGAAGGAAUUGGCCACCCUCACGGCGCAGGCACCCGAGGGGGAAGAGGCCAGAUAUGGCGAGCGUCUCAUCCAGUACGCUUCAGAGAACCUGGUGACAGAGAUCCUGAUACACCCCCAGAUGAAUACACUGAUGCAAUGCAUGAGGAACCUCCUCAGCUCGUUCACCAGGCACCGACACCUGGUACACGCUGGUUAUACAUUCGCCGGGAAUGGCUCCUGGAUAAUGCAGGACGGGACCUUCUCCCUGGCUGAUUUCACGGAUGCAUACCAAGAAAAUGAGGUACAGCGCGUCAUUCGCGCCUAUGAGAAUUCCAUAUCGAUUGACAUACACUGCUCGACCAGUGGCGGCGGGGAGUGGGCUAAACUCCCAGACAUGCCCUUCGUCAAAUACUGCAAGAUUAGGGUCAACCCCACGGACAUACUCGACUCUGGCUCACAAGCCAUCAAGGACUUUAUUGCAUACCUGGACCCGUACAUAGUGCCAGCCAGCCUCGACCAACUCCUGGUGUCGAGUGACGUGGUCGGCAACAUCAGAUUUAGCCACCCGACGCUCUACGUGUUCCCGGGAGGUCAAGGAGACGCUGCACUCUUCGGAAUUAACGGAUUCAACAUGCUAGUGGACGGUGGAUUCUCCCGCAAGGCGUGCUGGUGGGAUUUCGCGCGUCACUUGGACCGCCUCGACGCGGUCCUCUUCACCAGGCUCAACAACUGCUCAGUGUCAGGCAUGGCCGCAGUCCUGCGCAGGAAGGCCUCGGCUAAUGUCUACCCGCAGAUUGGACAUUUCUUCUGUAAUCUAGAGGAAAGGCGAGCCGUCACCAGUCCCGAUGGGGACAAAGACGCCGAUCCCUUGCUAGUGUCGCUGCUGCAGGAGGGCUCCGACAUGAUGGCUGACCUAAGGCACAUCAACCUCAAACCGCAGCACUGCUACCGAAGUCCAGAACCGAUCAAUCUCUACCAUAAAGUUGGACAUGGGACCCUUGACAUGUACGUACUGAAUCCGUCCAGGGACUCCAAAUAUGUUCGUGAAUUUUUAAAAAGGUGGCACAAUAGUGAACAAAAACUGUUUGAAGGUGCAAGUGUAUCAGGACAAUUUAACUUUCCAAUUCCCAACUUAGUUUCAAUAUGUGCGCUAUUGGUAUGGCGUCCGGCGAAUCCAGAUGAUACAAUAACAAGAAUAAUGUUUCCUGGCUCCACACCGCAACACAAAAUCUUCGAAGGACUUGAAAAAUUAAAACAUUUAGAAUUUUUACAACAUCCAACAUGUACGGGGCGGCAAAUGGCAGCGGCUGCUCAGUCUGUAAGCACAACUACAACUGUAUCCGCAACAAAAUUAGCAAAACACACAGUAUCUAAAGUUAGUAAAGAAAGAAGUUUAAUCACAGAAAAGACGAAAGAAGAUAAAAAUGUUGAACCGGAACCCCCGCCGCAAAAAGAUAAUAUAAUUAGAGAUAUAACAGAUUCUAAAAAUAUCAUAGACAAUAAAUUACUUAGCGAACUUGUUGAGAACGAAGAUAAAAAAAUUGAGUCAGUUUUACAUGAAGCUAUAACUGCAAGAAUAGAAUCCAAAUUAGAUGAUAAAAUUGCUCAGUAUGAAAGCACUGUGAUAGAUGGUUUGCCUAAAAAGAAAGAUUUAAGAAAGAAAGAAAAGGUUAUAGAGAAAAAAAUUAAACGCUCUGAUAAGACUGAUACUAAAGAAGACAUUAAAGACUCUCUAGGUAAGGCUGUUGAAACAAAAAAAUUAGAUGACAUAAAAAUAAAAAAGAAAUCUGAAAGUCGUAUUAAAUCAGAUAUGACAACGUCAAUAAGUAAAAGUAAAGUUAGCCAUCGUACUACACAAAAGACUCUAGAAAAAAAAUCCUUGCCAACUGUAAUAGACAAAAAAAUUGCAAGCGAAGAAAAGAAAUCUCCACCAACUACACCAAAAAAAAUUAUUGACACAAAACUAACAUCGUCUACUAUGCAACCAGUUUUAAAAGAUAAAGUAAGAAGUAAAACAAGGAAACUAAGCCCAGGCAGCACGCCUGCUAAAAGUGCCAAAGAAGCUAAUAAUCGCCGUGUUGUAGAAUCAAAAUAUAAACAAGCAUCUCCAAAACGAGAUUUAAUGAGUAAACCGCUGGAAAGAAAAGAAACUAAAGCAAAGCGAGAACCAAUAUCACGUAGACCAAGGCCGCUUGCUUCUCCGGUUAAAGGAUUAAAGACCAUGAAAAGUCCUUCAAAGUCUGUUAAGUCAGUAAGAACUGAUACUUCCAAAUUAAAAGGAUUACAAAGGGUAAAUUAUGAAGAUAUUUUAAAAGAUGCCAAAAAAUCAGACGAAGAGACAUCUAAAUCUCUUGAUGAUAUUAAACAGCAAGAAUUGGAUGAAAGAGAAGAACAAGAAAUUGUGAGAGAAAUUGAAGCUGUUUUUAAUAGAGAUAGUGAAGCUGAAGAGAAAGUAGAAUAUGUGGGACGAUCAGAUAUCGAAAAAAUAACUUGUAUGAUAGAUAAUGUUAAAACAGAAACGAACGUCGAUGGUGAAUUUGAAGAAGAAUAUUUAAUAAUAGAAAAAGAAGAAGUAGACCAAUAUACUGAAGAUUCAAUCGUUGAUCGCGAAAGUAGUCACGAGCAAGAAGAAGAACUUCAUAAACUUACCAAAGACAAGGAAGAGUCUGAAAAGGCAAAAGAUCAUGUACUUUUAAGUGGAAACAAAAUUGAAGAGACUAAGGGAAAACUAGAAGAUAGCUUGGGUACUGAUUUAAAAGCUUUAGAUUCUAAAGAACAUUCUGUAAGUUUCGAGGAAAAACAAGACAUAAGCAGUGAAAAGAAAACAUCAGAGAGUAAAAGUGGUAUAACAAAACCUAAAGAUUCUCUUGAAUUAAAUAUUGUACAAGAAUCUCAACCAGACGAAAAAAUAUCAACUACCGUAGAAUCAGGUGCUACAACAGCACCAACGCUGCCUGAAGAUGAACGUAUUACACUCGAUGGUAUUAAAGAAGAUCAAAAAAUUGAGGAAAAACAUAUUCAAGAAGAAACAAAAGAAGUGGUUCCUCCUCAGACUUUAAUGGAUAUAAAAAAACCUUUGUCAAUAGAAAAAAUUACUAAAAUAGAUUCCCAACCCAUGCUAGUUAGAGAAAUUGUCAAAACACCUGAUGAAGUUGCUGAUCUUCCUUUACAUGAAGAAGUAGACUACAGGACAUAUGAAGAGAAAAAAACUCCUGUUGAAGAAGACAUAUUUAAACGUAAACCUGAUGUAGGAUUUAUACAUGAGAUUAAAGUACCAAAGGAUUUGGCCCUUACAGAUCAUGGUAUUGAAGGUAAUAUAGUAGUAAAAACUGUUCAAGGAGCAUCUCACGCUGAACUUGUAACGGUAACGCCUGGAUCAGCACCAGAAUCUCCUAUGUAUCAUGAACAAGUAAAAAUAUCUUCCAUUUCUGAAAAAGAAUUAGAACCUGUUAAAGAAUAUGACGAUACUCAAUAUAAUUAUAGCCAGUAUACAGAACAAUUAAGAGAAACGCAUAUUACAACUCUUGAUUCUCCUAUUAAAGAUGACGUAAUAAUUAUAGAAGAGGUGUCUAGUAUGCCUGAAAAAAUUCCGUCUAUACCCGAAGAUGUUGAAAAGGAAAUAGAAGAAGCACAGAAAUUAGAACAUUUAGAAAAACCUCCACUUAGUCCAAAAGAUGUAGAAAAAAUUGUAGCUGAUGUAGCUGAGGUUUUAAAAUCAGAUAAAAGCCUAGAAGAAAUCAUGGCCGAAAAAUCUCCUGUAGUACUGAGUAAAUCACCAGAUAGUUUUGCUAAAACAGAAACUACAAUAUUAGAUGCAAUAGAAGCUACAAAAUUGUUUUUAUCAACUGAAACAGAUAUAGGGCAUGAUAAGCAUGAAGAAAAAUUAGUUAAAGAUGUAAAAGAAAAAAGAUUAGACUCUACAUUAGACCAUGAAGUCACAGAAAUACAUAAAGAAGCAUCACCUGUUAGGUCAGUUACUUCAGAAGAUAUAAGUGAUAUUUCAGACAAAACAGUUCUAAGUGAAGGUAAACGAGUUAAACGUGAUACUAAAGAAGAAAAGACAUCGUCUUCAGAAUAUCAUGUUGAAGAUAUCACAAAGAAACCUGAAGAAGUUAAAGAAUAUCAAGAAUCAUCAAAACAUUCACCAAAAGAGAGCAACUUAAUAAAAGAAAAAUUGGAAAUCAAGCAAGAAAGUAAACCCAUUGUGGAUAAGGAGAAAAAAGAAACGUAUAACGAAGAAGAUAAUAAGUUAAAUAUUGAAAUUUCAAAUAAAGAAAUUUAUUCAGAAAAAGGAUUAAGCAUUACAUUGGAUUCAGCAAAAACAUUAGAAAAAUUAGAAGAAAAGUUAACAGAUUUGAGGAAAAAAGAACUUUCUCCAAAAUUACAAGACGAUACAGAGACGAAGUAUGUUGUUGCUGAGAAAGCGAUAGAGAUAGAAAGUCCAGAAAAGAAAAGUCCUGGUUAUAUUGAGUCUAAACAUUUACCAGUUAAACAAUUAGAUAUGAAAGAACAAACAGAUCUUGUAGGUAUUGAUAAAGAUUUAUCAUUGGAUAGAUUGGAUGCUACUCAAAUAGAAAAACUAAAACCAACCGAUGUAAAAGCGACAAAAAUCUGUACUCAAAAAGAAGAAGAAGCAUUGGCACAAGUUAUUGAAAAAAAUGAUAUUAAAAGUACAGUGCCAGAAGAAACGGUCCUUAUCGAUAAAACAAUUAUUUCGGAUCCUGAUGCUAUUCUCAACAAAGUUCUUUCAGUAGAACCUAGUACAGAGAAAGUGGUACAGAUAAUUCCUAAAUACCAAGAUUUGGAUGCUACAGACAUGGAAGAUAAAAUAAAUAACAGGGAAAUCAAAGAAAUAAGUGCAAAAGUUUCAUCUGUUGACCUUUCGCUUUCAAUAAAAGAAGGUAAAAAACAAUUUGUUUCUGAAAAAGACAAAGAUGAAAUGAGCUUACAUGAUAUUCCAGAGACUGGAAGUCUCAUUAUAGAAUCACAAAUUAUGAAAGAAGUAGUUUCUGACAAACUUGAUAAAAUGCAAGUCGGUCCAGAAAAAAACGUCAUUGAUUACAUUGUUGACAAAAAUCAAAUUACGGAAAUCGAUGGUAAAUCCAUUAAAGAUAUAACGAAAUCUGAAAUAGAUACAAAUAUUGAAAACAAAGUACAAGCAACAAAUAAAAUAGCAGACUUAGACAAGGAAAUUUUACCAGAAAAGCCUGACAAUAUUGAAUUCAAAGAUGAAAAAUUGUUAAUAAAGAAAGAAAUAGAAAUUAAUUUUAAUAAGGAAAUGGAAAAACUUACGGAAAAAGAUAAAUCGAUAACUAAUGACUUAAUAAAUAUAUUUGGACUAACUCAAUACGAAAGUCCAGAAGAAGUUGUGACUUCAAAAACUGAAAAAGUAAAAGAGGGAUCUGUAGUUAUAGAACGAACAAUAGUAACUAAAAUUAUUAUAACUAAAUAUGCGAACUCGAAGGGAUUAGUGACAAAAUUAAAGACCAUCACAUUAACUAACACUAUUGAUAGAAAUCCUGAUGGGAGUUUUAAUACCUAUACCAAUAGUGAUUUAAAAAUAUCAGAUACGACUGAGGAUGUGCUCAAAGAUAAACCUGAUAAAGGCAUUUUACAAACAAUACAGGAGAUUGAAGUAAGUUCUGAUAUUAAAAAGAUCACAGAGAAAGAAAAUAAACUUACAGAAAAUAAAAUUUUAGAAUUACAAGGGUUUCAGGCAUAUGGAGAACCAGAAAAAACUACAACUACCAAAACCGAAGAAAUUAUACGUGAAACUACUUCUAUUAAAAGAACAAUUGUAACUACCGUUAUUAAAACUAAAUAUUCCGAUAUAAAAGGCAUUGUAAAGAAAUUAAAAAUACAUACCAUAAUUAGCACAACAGAAGAUAGUAAAGACGGAAUAUCAAAUACAGAGCUUAAUGAGACUGUAAAAAUUGAGGACAUUGAAGAAUCUGGUCCUAAAGCAGAGAAGAAAUUAUUACCGUAUGAAAAACAUGAGGACAUUGAACCUAAUGCCGAGAAAGAAACAUUAUCUUCUAUUGAUGAACUCCAUCGUGUAAUAUCUCCUGAAAAAGAAACCCGAAUAGAGAAAGAAGAAAGCUCAAUACCAGAAAAACAAAUUCACAAAGAGGACGGUCCUAAAAAGGAAGAAAUAUCUGAGUCUCCUGAAGAAAAGGUUUCGGCUAAAUUCACACCUGAAAAGGAUGCAGUAUCCGUUCCCGAAUUUAAGGAUUCGAAAGAGGACACUUCAAAAGAAGAAACACUUUCGCAGUUAACACCAACUGAUAAAACGUUAGAAAUAAAGAAAGAUGAUUUCUCUAUCGCAGAAAAACCAUCAGAUAAGGAAGCUAGCCCACAAGCUAUCAUAGAAUUGCCACUAGAAAAAGAAGUUGUUUCAAAAGAUGAGAAACUGCCAUAUUCUGAAAGAGACCUUGAAACUAAAUCUGCUCUAGCUAAAGAAAAGGUAAGUCCGAUUGACCAGCAGAUUACAAAAGGAAUUCCCUCAGAUAAAGAAAUAGAACUCGAUCAGGUAAUAUCUCCUGAAAAAGAAACCCGAUUAGAGAAAGAAGAAAGCUCAAUACCAGAAAAACAAAUUGACAAAGAGGACAGUCCUAAAAAGAAAGAAAUAUCUGAGUCUCCUGUAGAAAAGGUUUCGGCUAAACCCACACCUGAAAAGGACGCAGUAUCCGUUCCCGAGCUUAAGGAUGCGGAAGAAGACACUUCAAAAGCAGUAACACUUUCGCAGUUAACACCAACUGAUAAAACAUUACAAAUAAAGAAAGAUGAUUUCUCUAUCGCAGAAAAAACAUCAGAUAAGGAAGCUAGCCCACAAGCUAUCAUAGAAUUGCCUCUAGAAAAAGAAGUUGGUUCAAAAGAUGAGAAACUGCCAUAUUCUGAAAAAGUCCUAGAAACUGAAUCUGCUCUAAUUAAAGAAAAGGUAAGUCCGAUUGACCAGCAGAUUACAGAAGGAAUUCCUUCAGAUAAAAAAAUGGAACUCGAUCGGGUAAUAUCUCCUGAAAAAGAAACCCGGUUAGACAAAGAAGAAAGCUCAAUACCGGAAAAACAAAUAAAAAAAGAGGACGGUCCUAAAAAGGAAGAAAUAUCUGAGUCUUCUGAAGAAAAGGUUUCGGCUAAAUCCACACCUGAAAAGGAUGCAAUAUCCGUUCCCGAAUUUAAGGAUUCGAAAGAAGACACUUCAAAAGAAGAAACACUUUCGCAGUUAACACCAACUGAUAAAACGUUAGAAAUAAAGAAAGAUGAUUUCUCUAUCGCAGAAAAACCAUCAGAUAAGGAAGCGAGCCCACAAGCUAUCAUAGAAUUGCCACUAGAAAAAGAAAUUGGUUCCAAAGAUGAGAAACUGCCAUAUUCUGAAAAAGACCUUGAAACUAAAUCUGCUCUAGCUAAAGAAAAGGUAAGUCCGAUUGACCAGCAGAUUACAAAAGGAAUUCCCUCAGAUAAAAAAAUAGAACUCGAUCGUGCUAUAUCUCCUGAAAAAGAUACGCGGUCAGACAAAGAAGGAAGUUUAUUACCAGAAAAACAAAUUGAUAAAGAGGAUAGUUUUAAAAAGGAAGAAAUUUCUAAGUCUCCUGAAGAAAAGAUUUCGGCUAAAUCCACAACUGAAAAGGAUACAGUAUCCGUUCCCGAGUUUAAGGAUGCGAAAGAGGACACUUCAAAAGAAGUAACACUUUCGCAGUUGACACCAACUGAUAAAAAAUCAGAAAUAGGAAAAGAUAUUUUUUCUAUCACAGAAAAACCAUCAGACAAGGAAGCUAGUCCACAAGCUAUCAUAGAAUUGUCACUAGAAAAAGAAGUUGGUUCCAAAGAUGAGACACUGCCAUAUUCUGAAAAAGUCAUUGAAGCUGAAUCUGCUCUAACUAAAGAAAAGGUAAGUCCAAUUGAUCAGCAGAUUACAAAAGGAAUUCUCUCAGAUAAAGAAAUGGAGCUCGAUCGGGUAAUAUCUCCUGAAAAAGAAACCCGAUUAGACAAAGAAGAAAGCUCAAUACCAGAAAAACAAAUUGACAAAGAAGUCAGUUCUGAAAAGGAAGUAAUCUCUGAAUCUCCUGAAGAAAAGAUUUCGGCUAAAUCCACACCUGAAAAAGAUGCAAUGUCCAUUCCUGAGUUUAAGGAUGGGAAAGAAGAAACUUCAAAAGCAGUAACAAUUUCGCAGUUGAUACCAACUGAUAAAAAAUCAGAAAUAGAAAAAGAUAUUUCCUCUAUCGCAGAAAAACCAUCGGAUAAGGAAGCUAGCCCAAAAGCUAUCAUAGAAUUGCCUCUAGAAAAAGAAGUUGUUUCAAAAGAUGAGACACUGCCAUAUUCUGAACAAGUCCUUGAAAUUGAAUCUGCUCUAACUAAAGAAAAGGUAAGUCCAAUUGAUCAGCAGAUUACAAAAGGAAUUCUCUCAGAUAAAGAAAUGGAGCUCGAUCGGGUAAUAUCUCCUGAAAAAGAAACCCGAUUAGACAAAGAAGAAAGCUCAAUACCAGAAAAACAAAUUGACAAAGAGAUCAGUCCUGAAAAGGAAGUAAUCUCUGAGUCUUCUGAAGAAAAGAUUUCGGCUAAAUCCACACCUGAAAAGGAUGCAGUGUCCGUUCCCGAGUUUAAGGAUGGGAAAGAAGAAACUUCAAAAGCAGUAACAAUUUCGCAGUUGAUACCAACUGAUAAAAAAUCAGAAAUAGAAAAAGAUAUUUCCUCUAUCGCAGAAAAACCAUCGGAUAAGGAAGCUAGCCCAAAAGCUAUCAUAGAAUUGCCUCUAGAAAAAGAAGUUGUUUCAAAAGAUGAGACACUGCCAUAUUCUGAACAAGUCCUUGAAAUUGAAUCUGCUCUAACUAAAGAAAAGGUAAGUCCAAUUGAUCAGCAGAUUACAAAAGGAAUUCCCUCAGAUAAAGAAAUGGAACUCGAUCGGGUAAUAUCUCCUGAAAAAGAAACCCGAUUAGAGAAAGAAGAAAGCUCAAUACCAGAAAAACAAAUUGACAAAGAAGUCAGUUCUGAAAAGGAAGUAAUCUCUGAGUCUCCUGAAGAAAAGGUUUCGACUAAAUCCACACCUGAAAAAGAUGCAAUGUCCAUUCCUGAGUUUAAGGAUGGGAAAGAAGAAACUUCAAAAGCAGUAACAAUUUCGCAGUUGAUACCAACUGAUAAAAAAUCAGAAAUAGAAAAAGAUAUUUCCUCUAUCGCAGAAAAACCAUCGGAUAAGGAAGCUAGCCCAAAAGCUAUCAUAGAAUUGCCUCUAGAAAAAGAAGUUGUUUCAAAAGAUGAGACACUGCCAUAUUCUGAACAAGUCCUUGAAAUUGAAUCUGCUCUAACUAAAGAAAAGGUAAGUCCAAUUGAUCAGCAGAUUACAAAAGGAAUUCCCUCAGAUAAAGAAAUGGAACUCGAUCGGGUAAUAUCUCCUGAAAAAGAAACCCGAUUAGAGAAAGAAGAAAGCUCAAUACCAGAAAAACAAAUUGACAAAGAAGUCAGUUCUGAAAAGGAAGUAAUCUCUGAGUCUCCUGAAGAAAAGGUUUCGACUAAAUCCACACCUGAAAAAGAUGCAAUGUCCAUUCCUGAGUUUAAGGAUGGGAAAGAAGAAACUUCAAAAGCAGUAACAAUUUCGCAGUUGAUACCAACUGAUAAAAAAUCAGAAAUAGAAAAAGAUAUUUCCUCUAUCGCAGAAAAACCAUCGGAUAAGGAAGCUAGCCCAAAAGCUAUCAUAGAAUUGCCUCUAGAAAAAGAAGUUGUUUCAAAAGAUGAGACACUGCCAUAUUCUGAAAAAGUCCUUGAAACUGAAUCUGCUCUAACUGAAGAAAAGGUGAGUCCGAUUGACCAGCAGAUUACAAAAGGAAUUCCCUCAGAUAAAGAAAUGGAACUCGAUCGGGUAAUAUCUCCUGAAAAAGAAACCCGAUUAGACAAAGGAGAAAGCUCAGUACCAGAAAAACAAAUUGACAAAGAAGUCAGUCCUGAGAAGGAAGAAAUAUCUGAGUCUCCUGAAGAAAAGAUUUCGGCUAAAUCCACACCUGAAAAGGAUACAGUAUCCGUUCCCGAGUUUAAGGAUGCAAAAGAGGACACUUCAAAAGAAGUAACACUUUCACAGUUAACACCAACUGAUAAAAAAUCAGAAGCAGAAAAAGAUAUUUCUUCUAUAACAGAAAAACCAUCAGAUAAGGAAGCUAGCCCACAAACUGCCUUAGAAUUGUCUCUAGAGAAAGAGGUUGUUUCAAAAGAUGAGACACUGCCAUAUUCUGAAAAAGUCCUUGAAACUGAAUCUGCUCUAACUAAAGAAAAGGUAAGUCCGAUUGACCAGCAGAUUACAAAAGGAAUUCCCUCAGAUAAAGAAAUGGAGCUCGAUCGGGUAAUAUCUCCUGAAAAAGAAACCCGAUUAGACAAAGGAGAAAGCUCAGUACCAGAAAAACAAAUUGACAAAGAAGUCAGUCCUGAGAAGGAAGAAAUAUCUGAGUCUCCUGAAGAAAAGAUUUCGGCUAAAUCCACACCUGAAAAGGAUGCAGUAUCCGUUCCCGAGUUUAAGGAUGCAAAAGAGGACACUUCAAAAGAAGUAACACUUUCACAGUUAACACCUACUGAUAAAAAAUCAGAAGUAGAAAAAGAUACUUCUUCUAUAACGGAAAAACCAUCAGAUAAGGAAGCUAGCCCACAAGCUGACUUAGAAUUGUCUCUAGAGAAAGAGGUUGUUUCAAAAGAUGAGACACUGCCAUAUCCUGAAAAAGUCCUUGAAACUGAAUCUGCUCUAACUAAAGAAAAGGUAAGUCCGAUUGACCAGCAGAUUACAAAAGGAAUUCCCUCAGAUAAAGAAAUGGAACUCGAUCGGGUAAUAUCUCCUGAAAAAGAAACCCGAUUAGACAAAGGAGAAAGCUCAGUACCAGAAAAACAAAUUGACAAAGAAGUCAGUCCUGAGAAGGAAGAAAUAUCUGAGUCUCCUGAAGAAAAGAUUUCGGCUAAAUCCACACCUGAAAAGGAUACAGUAUCCGUUCCCGAGUUUAAGGAUGCAAAAGAGGACACUUCAAAAGAAGUAACACUUUCACAGUUAACACCAACUGAUAAAAAAUCAGAAGCAGAAAAAGAUAUUUCUUCUAUAACAGAAAAACCAUCAGAUAAGGAAGCUAGCCCACAAACUGCCUUAGAAUUGUCUCUAGAGAAAGAGGUUGUUUCAAAAGAUGAGACACUGCCGUAUUCUGAAAAAGUCCUUGAAACUGAAUCUGCUCUAACUAAAGAAAAGGUAAGUCCGAUUGACCAGCAGAUUACAAAAGGAAUUCCCUCAGAUAAAGAAAUGGAGCUCGAUCGGGUAAUAUCUCCUGAAAAAGAAACCCGAUUAGACAAAGGAGAAAGCUCAGUACCAGAAAAACAAAUUGACAAAGAAGUCAGUCCUGAGAAGGAAGAAAUAUCUGAGUCUCCUGAAGAAAAGAUUUCGGCUAAAUCCACACCUGAAAAGGAUGCAGUAUCCGUUCCCGAGUUUAAGGAUGCAAAAGAGGACACUUCAAAAGAAGUAACACUUUCACAGUUAACACCUACUGAUAAAAAAUCAGAAGUAGAAAAAGAUACUUCUUCUAUAACGGAAAAACCAUCAGAUAAGGAAGCUAGCCCACAAGCUGACUUAGAAUUGUCUCUAGAGAAAGAGGUUGUUUCAAAAGAUGAGACACUGCCAUAUUCUGAAAAAUUCCUUGAAAUUGACUCUGCUCUAACUAAAGAAAAGGUAAGUCCGAUUGACCAGCAGAUUAUAGAAGGAAUUCCCUCAGAUAAAGAAAUGGAACUCGAUCGGGUAAUAUCUCCUGAAAAAGAAACCCGAUUAGAGAAAGGAGAAAGCUCAAUACCAGAAAAACAAAUUGACAAAGAAGUCAGUCCUGAGAAGGAAGAAAUAUCUGAGUCUCCUGAAGAAAAGAUUUCGGCUAAAUCCACACCUGAAAAAGAUGCAGUAUCCGUUCCCGAGUUUAAAGAUGCAAAAGAGGACACUUCAAAAGAAGUAACACUUUCACAGUUAACACCAACUGAUAAAAAAUCAGAAGUAGAAAAAGAUAUUUCUUCUAUAACAGAAAAACCAUCAGAUAAGGAAGCUAGCCCACAAGCUAUCAUAGAAUUGCCUCUAGAAAAAGAAGUUGGUUCAAAAGAUGAGAAACUGCCAUAUUCUGAAAAAGUCCUUGAAACUGAAUCUGCUCUAACUAAAGAAAAGGUAAGUCCGAUUGACCAGCAGAUUACUGAGGGAAUUCCCUCAGAUAAAGAAAUGGAACUCGAUCGGGUAAUAUCUCCUGAAAAAGAAACCCGAUUAGACAAAGGAGAAAGCUCAGUACCAGAAAAACAAAUUGACAAAGAAGUCAGUCCUGAGAAGGAAGAAAUAUCUGAGUCUCCUGAAGAAAAGAUUUCGGCUAAAUCCACACCUGAAAAGGAUGCAGUAUCCGUUCCCGAGUUUAAGGAUGCAAAAGAGGACACUUCAAAAGAAGUAACACUUUCACAGUUAACACCUACUGAUAAAAAAUCAGAAGUAGAAAAAGAUACUUCUUCUAUAACGGAAAAACCAUCAGAUAAGGAAGCUAGCCCACAAGCUGCCUUAGAAUUGUCUCUAGAGAAAGAGGUUGUUUCAAAAGAUGAGACACUGCCAUAUUCUGAAAAAGUCCUUGAAACUGAAUCUGCUCUAACUAAAGAAAAGGUAAGUCCGAUUGACCAGCAGAUUACUGAGGGAAUUCCCUCAGAUAAAGAAAUGGAACUCGAUCGGGUAAUAUCUCCUGAAAAAGAAACCCGAUUAGAGAAAGGAGAAAGCUCAAUACCAGAAAAACAAAUUGACAAAGAAGUCAGUCCUGAGAAGGAAGAAAUAUCUGAGUCUCCUGAAGAAAAGAUUUCGGCUAAAUCCACACCUGAAAAGGAUACAGUAUCCGUUCCCGAGUUUAAGGAUGCGAAAGAGGACACUUCAAAAGAAGUAACACUUUCGCAGUUGAUACCAACUGAUAAAAAAUCAGAAAUAGAAAAAGAUAUUUCCUCUAUCGCAGAAAAACCAUCGGAUAAGGAAGCUAGCCCAAAAGCUAUCAUAGAAUUGCCUCUAGAAAAAGAAGUUGUUUCAAAAGAUGAGACACUGCCAUAUUCUGAAAAAGUCCUUGAAACUGAAUCUGCUCUAACUAAAGAAAAGGUAAGUCCGAUUGACCAGCAGAUUACAAAAGGAAUUCCCUCAGAUAAAGACAUGGAACUCGAUCGGGUAAUAUCUCCUGAAAAAGAAACCCGAUUAGACAAAGAAGAAAGCUCAAUACCAGAAAAACAAAUUCACAAAGAGGACAGUCCUAAAAAGGAAGUAAUAUCUGAGUCUCCUGAAGAAAAGGUUUCGGCUAAAUCCACACCUGAAAAGGAUGCAGUAUCCGUUCCCAAAUUUAAGGAUUUGAAAGAGGACACUUCAAAAGAAGAAACACUUUCGCAGUUAACACCAACUGAUAAAACGUUAGAAAUAAAGAAAGAUGAUUUCUCUAUCGCAGAAAAACCAUCAGAUAAGGAAGCUAGCCCACAAGCUAUCAUAGAAUUGCCACUAGAAAAAGAAGUUGUUUCAAAAGAUGAGAAACUGCCAUAUUCUGAAAGAGACCUUGAAACUAAAUCUGCUCUAGCUAAAGAAAAGGUAAGUCCAAUUGACCAGCAGAUUACAAAAGGAAUUCCCUCAGAUAAAGAAAUAGAACUCGAUCGGGUAAUAUCUCCUGAAAAAGAAACCCGAUUAGACAAAGAAGAAAGCUCAAUACCAGAAAAACAAAUUGACAAAGAGGACAGUCUUAAAAAGAAAGAAAUAUCUGAGUCUCCUGUAGAAAAGGUUUCGGCUAAACCCACACCUGAAAAGGACGCAGUAUCCGUUCCCGAGCUUAAGCAUGCGGAAGAAGACACUUCAAAAGCAGUAACACUUUCGCAGUUAACACCAACUGAUAAAACAUUAGAAAUAAAGAAAGAUGAUUUCUCUAUCGCAAAAAAAACAUCAGAUAAGGAAGCUAGCCCACAAGCUAUCAUAGAAUUACCUCUAGAAAAAGAAGUUGGUUCAAAAGAAGAGAAACUGCCAUAUUCUGAAAAAGUCCUUGAAACUGAAUCUGCUCUAACUAAAGAAAAGGUAAGUCCGAUUGACCAGCAGAUUACUGAGGGAAUUCCCUCAGAUAAAGAAAUGGAACUCGAUCGGGUAAUAUCUCCUGAAAAAGAAACCCGAUUAGAGAAAGGAGAAAGCUCUCAAUACCAGAAAAACAAAUUGACAAAGAAGUCAGUCCUGAGAAGGAAGAAAUAUCUGAGUCUCCUGAAGAAAAGAUUUCGGCUAAAUCCACACCUGAAAAGGAUACAGUAUCUGUUCCCGAGUUUAAGGAUGCGAAAGAGGACACUUCAAAAGAACCCAAAAGCUAUCAUAGAAUUGCCUCUAGAAAAAGAAGUUGUUUCAAAAGAUGAGACACUGCUAUAUUUUGAAAAAGUCCUUGAAACUGAAUCUGCUCUAACUAAAGAAAAGGUAAGUCCGAUUGACCAGCAGAUUACAAAAGAAAUUUCCUCAGAUAAAGACAUGGAACUCGAUCGGGUAAUAUCUCCUGAAAAGGAAACCCGAUUAGACAAAGAAGAAAGCUCAAUACCAGAAAAACAAAUUGACAAAGAGGUCAGUCCUGAAAAGGAAGUAAUCUCUGAGUCUCCUGAAGAAAAGGUUUCGACUAAAUCCACACCUGAAAAGGAUACAGUAUCCGUUCCCGAGUUUAAGGAUGCGAAAGAGGACGCAUCAAAAGAAGUAACACUUUCACAGUUAACACCAACUGAUAAAAAAUCAGAAGUAGAAAAAGAUACUUUUUCUAUAACGGAAAAACCAUCAAAUAAGGAAGCUAGCCCACAAGCUGCCUUAGAAUUGUCUCUAGAGAAAGAGGUUGUUUCAAAAGAUGAGACACUUUCACAUUCUGAAAAAGUCCUUGAAACUGAAUCUGCUCUAACUAAAGAAAAGGUAAGUCCGAUUGACCAGCAGAUUACAAAAGGAAUUCCCUCAGAUAAAGAAAUGGAACUCGAUCGGGUAAUAUCUCCUGAAAAAGAAACCCGAUUAGACAAAGGAGAAAGCUCAGUACCAGAAAAACAAAUUGACAAAGAAGUCAGUCCUGAGAAGGAAGAAAUAUCUGAGUCUCCUGAAGAAAAGAUUUCGGCUAAAUCCACACCUGAAAAGGAUGCAGUAUCCGUUCCCGAGUUUAAGGAUGCAAAAGAGGACACUUCAAAAGAAGUAACACUUACGCAGUUAACACCAACUGAUAAAAAAUCAGAAGUAGAAAAAGAUACUUCCUCUAUAACAGAAAAACCAUCCGAUAAGGAAGCUAGCCCACAAGCUGCCCAAGCUGCCUUAGUAUUGUCUUUAGAGAAAGAGGUUGUUUCAAAAGAUGAGACACUGCAGUAUUCUGAAAAAGUCUUUGAAACUGAAUCUGCUCUAAAUAAAGAAAAGGUAAGUCCGACUGGCCAGCAGAUUACAAAAGGAAUUCCCUCAGAUAAAGAAAUGGAACUCGAUCGGGUAAUAUCUCCUGAAAAAGAAACCCGAUUAGACAAAGAAGAAAGCUCAAUACCAGAAAAACAAAUUGACAAAGAGGUCAGUCCUGAGAAGGAAAAAAUAUCUGAGUCUCCUGAAGAAAAGGUUUCGACUAAAUCCACACCUGAAAAGGAUACAGUAUCCGUUCCCGAGUUUAAGGAUGCGAAAGAGGACGCAUCAAAAGAAGUAACACUUUCACAGUUAACACCAACUGAUAAAAAAUCAGAAGUAGAAAAAGAUACUUUUUCUAUAACGGAAAAACCAUCAAAUAAGGAAGCUAGCCCACAAGCUGCCUUAGAAUUGUCUCUAGAGAAAGAGGUUGUUUCAAAAGAUGAGACACUUUCACAUUCUGAAAAAGUCCUUGAAACUGAAUCUGCUCUAACUAAAGAAAAGGUAAGUCCGAUUGACCAGCAGAUUACAAAAGGAAUUCCCUCAGAUAAAGAAAUGGAACUCGAUCGGGUAAUAUCUCCUGAAAAAGAAACCCGAUUAGAGAAAGAAGAAAGCUCAGUACCAGAAAAACAAAUUAACAAAGAAGUCAGUCCUGAGAAGGAAGAAAUAUCUGAGUCUCCUGAAGAAAAGAUUUCGGCUAAAUCCACACCUGAAAAGGAUGCAGUAUCCGUUCCCGAGUUUAAGGAUGCGAAAGAGGAUACAUCAAAAGAAGUAACACUUACGCAGUUAACACCAACUGAUAAAAAAUCAGAAGUAGAAAAAGAUACUUCCUCUAUAACAGAAAAACCAUCCGAUAAGGAAGCUAGCCCACAAGCUGCCCAAGCUGCCUUAGUAUUGUCUUUAGAGAAAGAGGUUGUUUCAAAAGAUGAGACACUGCAGUAUUCUGAAAAAGUCUUUGAAACUGAAUCUGCUCUAAAUAAAGAAAAGGUAAGUCCGACUGGCCAGCAGAUUACAAAAGGAAUUCCCUCAGAUAAAGAAAUGGAACUCGAUCGGGUAAUAUCUCCUGAAAAAGAAACCCGAUUAGACAAAGAAGAAAGCUCAAUACCAGAAAAACAAAUUGACAAAGAGGUCAGUCCUGAGAAGGAAAAAAUAUCUGAGUCUCCUGAAGAAAAGGUUUCGACUAAAUCCACACCUGAAAAGGAUACAGUAUCCGUUCCCGAGUUUAAGGAUGUGAAAGAGGAUACUUCAAAAGUAGUAACACUUUCGCAGUUGACACCAACUGAUAAAAAAUCAGAAAUAGGUAAAGAUAUUUCCUCUAUCAUAGAAAAGCCAUCAGACAAGGAAGCAAGCCUACAAGCUGCUGUAGAAUUACCUCUAGAGAAGGAGGCUAGUUUAAAAGAUAAGACACUGCCAUCUUCUGAAAAAGUCCUUGAAACUGAAUCUGCUCUAACUAAAGAAAAGAAAGAAGAAAGCUCAAUAACAGAAAAACAAAUUGACAAAGAGGUCAGUCCUGAGAAGGAAAAAAUAUCUGAGUCUCCUGAAGAAAAGGUUUCGACUAAAUCCACACCUGAAAAGGAUGCAGUAUCCGUUCCCGAGUUUAAGGAUGCGAAAGAGGACACUUCAAAAGAAGUAACACUUUCACAGUUAACACCAACUGAUAAAAAGUCAGAAGUAGAAAAAUAUACUUCUUCUAUAAUAGAAAAACCAUCAAAUAAGGAAGCUAGCCCACAAACUGCCUUAGAAUUGUCUCUAGAGAAAGAGGUUGUUUCAAAAGAUGAGACACUGCCAUAUUCUGAAAAAGUCCUUGAAACUGAAUCUGCUCUAACUAAAGAAAAGGUAAGUCCGAUUGACCAGCAGAUUACAAAAGGAAUUCCCUCAGAUAAAGAAAUGGAACUCGAUCGGGUAAUAUCUCCUGAAAAAGAAACCCGAUUAGACAAAGAAGAAAGCUCAAUACCAGAAAAACAAAUUGACAAAGAGGUCAGUCCUGAGAAGGAAAAAAUAUCUGAGUCUCCUGAAGAAAAGGUUUCGACUAAAUCCACACCUGAAAAGGAUACAGUAUCCGUUCCCGAGUUUAAGGAUGUGAAAAAGGAUACUUCAAAAGUAGUAACACUUUCGCAGUUGACACCAACUGAUAAAAAAUCAGAAAUAGUCCUUGAAACUGAAUCUGCUCUAACUAAAGAAAAGGUAAGUCCGACUGACCAGCAAAUUGCAAAAGGAAUUCUCUCAGAUAAAGAAAUAGAACUCGAUCAGGUAAUACCUCCUGAAAAAGAAACCCGAUUAGAGAAAGAAGAAAGCUCAAUAACAGAAAAACAAAUUGACAAAGAGGUCAGUCCUGAGAAGGAAAAAAUAUCUGAGUCUUCUGAAGAAAAGAUUUCGACUAAAUCCACACCUGAAAAGGAUACAGUAUCCGUUCCCGAGUUUAAGGAUGCGAAAGAGGACACUUCAAAAGAAGUAACACUUUCGCAGUUAACACCAACUGAUAAAACAUUAGAAAUAAAGAAAGAUGAUUUCUCUAUCGCAAAAAAAACAUCAGAUAAGGAAGCUAGCCCACAAGCUAUCAUAGAAUUACCUCUAGAAAAAGAAGUUGGUUCAAAAGAAGAGAAACUGCCAUAUUCUGAAAAAGUCCUUGAAACUGAAUCUGCUCUAACUAAAGAAAAGGUAAGUCCGAUUGACCAGCAGAUUACAAAAGGAAUUCCCUCAGAUAAAGAAAUGGAACUCGAUCGGGUAAUAUCUCCUGAAAAAGAAACCCGAUUAGACAAAGAAGAAAGCUCAAUACCAGAAAAACAAAUUGACAAAGAGGUCAGUCCUGAGAAGGAAGAAAUAUCUGAGUCUCCUGAAGAAAAGGUUUCGACUAAAUCCACACCUGAAAAGGAUGCAGUAUCCGUUCCCGAGUUUAAGGAUGCGAAAGAGGACACUUCGAAAGAAGUAACUCUUUCGCAGUUAACACCAACUGAUAAAAAGUCAGAAGUAGAAAAAGAUACUUCUUCUAUAACAGAAAAACCAUCAGAUAAGGAAGCUAGCCCACAAACUGCCUUAGAAUUGUCUCUAGAGAAAGAGGUUGUUUCAAAAGAUGAGACACUGCCGUAUUCUGAAAAAGUCCUUGAAACUGAAUCUGCUCUAACUAAAGAAAAGGUAAGUCCGAUUGACCAGCAAAUUUCAAAAGGAAUUCCCUCAGAUAAAGAAAUAGAACUCGAUCGUGUAAUAUCUCCUGAAAAAGAAAUCCUGUCAAACAAAGAAGAUAUUUUAAUACCAGAAGAACAACUUCAAAACAAAGAGGAUACUCUUAAAAUAGAAACUAGAUUGAGUGAAGGCUUACGUCCUAAAAAGGAAGAAAUACCUGAAUCUCCUGAAGAAAAAGUUGUUGCUAAAUCCACACCUGAAAAAGAAUCUGUGUCUGUACAUGAGGUUAUAAAGGAUGAUUCGUCAAAAGUAGUAACAAUUGAACAAUUAAUAGACACUGAUAAAAAGCCAGAAAUAGGUACAGAUGUUUUUACUAUUACUGAAACACCAUCGGACAAAAAAGGUAGCCCACUAAUUAUAACAGAAUUACCUAUUACAAUUAAAAAGGAUGGCGAAUCGGAAGAUAAGCCACUGCCAUCUCCUGGAAAAGGACUUGAAACUAAAUCCAGUAUAGCAAAAGAAAAGACAUCUUCGGCUGAGCAACAGAUUUCAAAAGAAAUUAUCUCAGAGAAUGAAACAGCACACGAUCAUGUAGCAUCUCCUGAAAAGGAGUCCUUAUCAGACAAAGAAGCAUUUUCAUCACUAGAAAAAUUAAUUGAUAAAGAGGUUAGUCCUAAAACAGAAACCAAAUUGGAUGAAAAAUUGUCAAUUAAAGAAGAACUUAGUCCCAAAAAAGAAGAAAUACCUGAGUCCACUGAUGAUAAAGUUUUAACCAAGUCUACACCUGAAAAAGAAGCUCUGUCUAUAUCUGAACAAGAAGUUGUAAAAGAGGAACCUUCUAAAGAUAUAACACCUGCACCAUUAAUAGCCACUGAUAAAAAGCCACAAAUAGGUGCAGAGUUUUCCUCUCCCACAGAAAAACCAACGGAUAAAGUUAGCCCACUAGUUACAAUAGAAUUGUCUAUUAAACAGGAUGUCGUAUCGAAAGAUAAGAUUCUGCCACCCCCUGAAAAAGUCCUUGAAUUGAAAUCCAGUCCACCAAAAGAAAAGAUAACUCCGACUGAACAACAAAUUUCAGAAGAAAUUCCCUCAGAGAAAGGAACAGCACACGAUCGCGUAGCAUCUACUGAAAAAGAAAUUCUAUCGGAUAAAGCAGAAAUUUCAUCACCAGAAAAACAAAUUGACAAAGAGGAUAUUCCUAAAAUAGAAACUAAAUUUGAUGAGAAAUUAUCAGUCCAAAAAGAACUUAGUCCUAAAAAGGAAGAAAUGCCUAAGUCCACCGAGGAUAAAGUUUUAACCAAAUCCAGACCUGAAAAAGAAGCUGUAUCUAUAUCUGAAUUCGAAGUUAUAAAGGAGGUUCCUUCAAAAUAUAUGACACCUACUCAAUUAAUAGCCAUUGAUGAAAAGCUAGAAAGAGAUAAAGACGUUUCAUCUGUAACAGAAACACCUACAGAUAAAAAAAUUAGCCCGUUGCUUUCAACAGAAUUGCCUAUUAAAAAGGAUGGCGAAUCAGAAGAUGAGAUACUGCCAUCCCCUGAAAUAGUAGUUGAAAUGAAAUCCAGUCCAUCAAAAGAAAAGAUAACUCCGCCUAAACAACAAUUUUCAGAAGAAAUUCUCUCAGAGAAAGAAACAGUACACGGUAUCGUAGCAUCUACUAAAAGAGAGUCCCUAUCGGACAAAGCAGAAAUUUCAUCACCAGAUAAACAAAUUGACAAAAAGGAUAGUCCUAAAAUAGAAACCAAAUUGGAUGAGAAAUUGUCAGUCCAAAAAGAACUUAGUUCUAAAAAGGAAGAAAUACCUAAGUCUACCGAGGAUAAAGUUUCAACCAAAUCCACACCUGAAAAAGAAGCUGUGUCUAUAUCUGAACAUGAAAUUAUAAAAGAGGUUCCUUCGAAAGAUAUGACACCUGCUCAAUUAAUAGACACUGAUGAAAAGCUAGAAAGCGAUACAGACAUUUCAUCUAUCACAGAAAAACCUACAGAUAAAGAAGUUAGCCCAUUACUUACAACAGAAUUGUCUAAAAAGGAUGACAAAUCGAAAGAUCAGAUUAUGGCACCCCCUGAAAAAUUACUUGAAAUUAAAUCCAGUCCACCAGAAGAAAAGAUAAUUCCGACUGAACAACAAAUUUCAGAAAAAAUAUUCUUAAACAAAGAAACUGCACACGAUCACGUACCAUCUCCUGAAAAAGAAUCCCAAUCAGACAAAGACAAAAUUUUAUCACCAGAAAAACAAAUUGAUAAAGAGGGUAGUCCUAAAACAGAAACGAAAUCGGUUGAGAAAUUAUCAGUCCAAAAAGAACUUAGUCCUAAAAAGGAAGAAAUACCUAAGUCUCCUGAAGACAAAGGUACAGCUAAACCCAUACCUGAAACAGAAAAUACGUGUACAUUGGAACAUGAAGUUGUAAAAGAAGAUCCUUCAAAAGAUAUAACGUCUGGUCAAUUAAGAGACAUUGACAAAAUGUUAAAAAUAGAUACAGGUGUUUCCUCUCCCACAGAAAAACCAACAGAUAAAGAAGUUAGUCCACUAGUUAUAACAGAAUUACCUAUUAAAAAGGAUGGCGAAUCAGAAGAUGACAUAUUGCCAUCCCCUGAAAAAGUACUUGAAAUGAAAUUCAGUUCAUCGAAAGAAAAGACAUCUCCAACUAAACAACAGACUUCAAAAGAAAUUCUCUCAGAAAAAGAAACAGCACACGACCACGUAGCAUCUCCUGAAAAAGAUCCCCAAUCAGACCAAGCAGAAAUUUCAUCACCAGAAAAACAAAUUGACAAAGAGGAUAGUCCUAAAAUAGAAACCAAAUUGGAUGAGAAAUUGUCAAUCCCAAAAGAACUUAGUCCUGAAAAGGAAGAAAUACCUAAGUCCACCGAGGAUAAAGUUUUAACCAAAUCUAUGCCUGAAAAAGAAGCUGUGUCUAUACCUGAAUCCGAAAUUAUAAAGGAGGUGCCUUCAAAAGAUAUGACACCUACUCAAUUAAUAGCUACUGAUGAAAAGCUAGAUAAAGACGUUUCAUCUAUAACAAAAACAACAAAAUUACCUAUUAAAAGGGAUGGCGAAUCAGAAGAUAAGAUACUGCUAUCCCCUGAAAUAGUAGUUGAAAUGAAAUCUAGUCCAUCAAAAGAAAGGAUAACUCCGCCUAAACAACAAAUUUCAGAAGAAAUUCUCUCAGAGAAAGAAACAGUACACGAUAUGGUAGCAUGUCCUGAAAAAGAUACCCAAUCAGGCAAAGAAGUAAUUUUAUCACCAGAAAAACAAAUUGACAAAGAAGAAAGUCCUAAAAUAGAAACCAAAUUGGAUGAGAAAUUGUCGGUUCAAAAAGAACUUAGUUCUAAAAAGGAAGAAAUACCUAAGUCACCUAAAGACAAAGAUUUGGCUAAACCUAUAUUUGAAAAAGAAAGUGUGUGUACAUUUGAACGUGAAGUUGUAAAAGGGGAACCUUUAAAAGAUAAAACGUCUGGUCAAUUAAGAGAUAUUGACAAAAUACCAGAAAUAGGUACAGGUGUUUCCUCUCCUACAGAAAAACCAACAGAUAAAGAAGUUACACCACUAGUUAUAACAGAACUACCUAUUAAAAAGGAUGGCGAAUCGGAAGAUGAGACACUGCCAUCCCCUGAAAUAAUACUUGAAAUGAAAUCCAGUCCAUCAAAAGAAAAGAUAACUCCGACUGAACAACAGAUUUCAAAAAAAAUUCCCUCAGAGAAAGAAACAGCACACGAUCACGUAGUAUCUCCUGAAAAAGAUUCCCAAUCAGACAAAGCAGGAAUUUCAUUCCCAGAAAAACAAAUUGACGAAGAGGAUAGUCCUAAAACAGAAUUUUGUAAAUUGGAUGAGAAAUUUUCAGUCCAAAAAGAACUUAGUCCUAAAAAAGAAGAAAUACAUGAGUCCACUGAGGAUAAAGUUUUAACCAAGUCUACACCUGAAAAAGAAGCUCUGUCUAUAUCUGAACAUGAAGUUGCAAAAGAGGAACCUUCUAAAGAUAUAACACCUGCACCAUUAAUAGCCACUGACAAAAAAACAGAAAUGGGUACAGAUGUUUCCUCUCCCACAGAAAAACCAACAGGUAAAGGGGUUACUCCACUAGUUACAACAGAAUUAACUAUUAAAAAGGAUGGCGAAUCAGAAGAAAAGAUACUGCCUUCUCCUGGAAAAGCACUUCUAACUAAAUCCAGUCCAAUAAUAGAAAAAACAUCUCCGACUGAACAACAGAUUUCAAAAGAAAUUCCCUUAGAAAAAGAAACAGCACAUGAUCACGUAGCAUCUCCUGAAAAGGAGUCCCAAUCAGACAAAACAGAAAUUUCAUCACCAGAAAAACGAACUGACAAAGAGGAUAUUCCUAAAAUAGAAACAAAAUUGGAUGAGAAAUUGUCAGUCCAAAUAGAACUUAGUCCUAAAAAAGAAGAAAUACCUGAGUUCACUGAGGAUAAAGUUUUAACCAAGUCUACACCUGAAAAAGAAGCUCUGUCUAUAUCUGAACAUGAAGUUGUAAAAGAGGAACUUUCUAAAGAUAUAACACCUGCCCCAUUAAUAGCCACUGACAAAAAAACAGAAAUGGGUACAGAUGUUUCCUCUCCCACAGAAAAACCAACAGGUAAAGGGGUUACUCCACUAGUUACAACAGAAUUAACUAUUAAAAAGGAUGGCGAAUCAGAAGAAAAGAUACUGCCUUCUCCUGGAAAAGCACUUCUAACUAAAUCCAGUCCAACAAUAGAAAAAACAUCUCCGACUGAACAACAGAUUUCAAAAGAAAUUCCCUUAGAAAAAGAAACAGCACAUGAUCACGUAGCAUCUCCUGAAAAGGAGUCCCAAUCAGACAAAACAGAAAUUUCAUCACCAGAAAAACAAACUGACAAAGAGGAUAUUCCUAAAAUAGAAACAAAAUUUGAUGAGAAAUUAUCAGUCCAAAAAGAAUAUAGUCCUAAAAAGGAAGAUAUACCCAAGUCUUCUGAAGAUGAAGGUUUAACUAAAUCUAUGUCUGAAAAAGAAACUGUGUCUAUAUCUGAACAUGAUGUUAUAAAAGAUAAUAGUACAAAGGGAGUCACACUUCCACCAUUAAAAGAUAUAGAUGUAGUGUCAAAAAUAGAUAAGGAUAUUUUCUCUAUAUCAGAACAAUCAGUAGCAAAGAAAACAACUUCACAAAUGGAAACAGAUUCAAUACCAGAACUGUCUUCCAAGGAGGAACAUAGAAUAGAAAGUAAGACAUUCUUAUCUUCUGAAAAAGAACUGGAAAUAAAAACUAGUUUGUUAAAGGAAACGGUAUCAUCUCUUGAGCAAGAAAUUUCAGAAUUAAUUCAUCCAGAGAAAGAAAUGAAGCAUGAUAUUGUAAUAUCUCCUAAAACAGAAUCAAGUUUAGAAAAAGAAGAUAGUUCUAAAUCUAAACAAAAACUUGACAUAGAGAUUAGUCCUAGAAUGGAAACUACAUUAGUUGAUGCAUUGUCUAUUAAACAAGAAAUUAGUUCUAAAAAGGAAGAAAUGCCUGUAUCUUCUGCAAAACAGAUCUUGACAUCCACAUUUGAAAAUGAGUCUUUUCUUAAACAUGACCAUGAGAUUAUAAAAGAGGAUUCUUCAAAAGAACUUGCAUAUGACGAAAUAAAAUCUAUAGAUGAAAAGGCAGAAAUAGAUAAAGGUGUUUCCUCCGUUUUAGAAGAACAAUCACAAAGGAAAGCUAGUACAUAUACAGAAAUAGAAUCUGUACUAGAAUUCUCUCCCGAAAAGGAAACUAUUUCAAAACGAGAUGAUAGUCCGACUUUUGCAAAACGAAAUGAAAUGAAACCUGUUCCAAAAAAAGAAACAACACAUUUACAACUAUCACCUCGUGCAGACGAAUUGAGUCCUAAUGAAGACGACAAAUCCGCUUCCGAAUCAAAGCUUGAAACAGAAGUUAGCCCUGGGGUAGAAACAGAAUUCGUCUCCACAUUGUCUUCCAAAAUUAGAUCUAGUACUGAUACUAAUGAAUUCACUAUAUCUACCGAAAAAGAGCGUAUGAUAAAAUCUUCUCCCGAAAAAGAAACGGUUAGUUUAGAUACAAAUAUUAAAACAGUAUCUUUGAAAUCUGAAGAAAAAGAAUUAGGUAUAAACAAAGUAGAUUUUGCACCUGAACAAAAGUUGGAAAAAGUGACUAGUCCGAAAACAAAAAUCAGUUCUCUAAUUGAACUAUCUCCCAAAAAAGGAUUUAGUACUGAAGAAGACAAACUAGUAGUUUGUGAUAAAGACACUGAAAGUGGAUCUAGUUCGGAAAAGGAAACGAUAGCUUCUAUUGAGCUAAAAACUAAAGAAGAAAUUACUACCAAAAAAGAAUCAAGUUUUGCUUCUUUCCCCCCUACAAAUAAACAUACUGUGGAAAGAAAAGACAGUCCAGACAUGCAAACAUCUAAAGAUGACCAAAAUCGUGUAAUAUUAAGUGGAGAUUCAGAGGAAAGAAUGUCUUCUAUUUUAACUAUCGAUAGUGGUAUUAGCGUUGCACGAGAUAGUUUGACCCAGACGUUAGUACAUGGUAGUAGUUCUGAAGAUAUUUCAAGAGAAAUGAGCUUAGAAGAAAAAUACAAUUAUGAAAGUACUGAAAAAGUAGAUAAAAAACCUAUUACGAAAGACUUGAAGGAAGAAAAGCCUCAUGUGCCUUUUGAUAAUUUUAGCAGUUGCCUUGAUUCUAUGACUAAUAUAAGUAGUCAAGAAAGAAAUGGAUAUGAAAGCGAAUGUAGUAGAGGCGAUCUCUCUAUUCAUUCAACAAAUACAGUAGAUGUAUCUAAAUUUUCGACAAAUGAUAAACAUAAAAAUAUAGUGUCAUCCAAAGAAGUAUUAUUAUCUGAACCACUAGAUUCUGUUUAUUUAGAUACUGAGCAAAUAGUUCCUGUUUCAGAUGAAUGCUCUUCUAGCCCAAAGGCCAAAGAUAGUGCAGUCAGGCUAUUAGAAUCAAUACACAAAGCAUUUAAUGAAGAACCGGUUCAACAAGGCAUUACAACUGAAAAUCUAGAAGCAAUAGGCGCACGAUCAGAAUUUGAUAGAGUUUCAACACCACCGACAGUUCCUGUUAGUCCCUUACCAAAAACACCUGGGAGCUUUCAGGAUGUAAAAAUAAGUGAAGGAGUACAAAGUGAAGUAACAUAUGAUAAAUCAGACGGAUGUGAAGAAACUAUUACUAAAGUCGUACAUGUCGGAGAAGAUGUAUUAACACAAAAAAUUUCAACAUCUACAGAAAAAGUAACUAAACCUAUUAAAACAAUGACUGAUAUUAAUGGUGACCAGGAUUUAAUAGGUCUUAUGCAGACAAUGGGGAAAAUAAAAACCGAAACGGACACUAUAACAAAAAUAAUUAAAGAAGGUGAAAAUGUAGUUACUCAAACUAUAACAACAGUUACAACAAAAGAAGUAAUAUCAAGGGAUGAUGGCACACCACAAAAUAUUAAGACAACCAUUGAAACUACUACUUUAAGUAAAGGUCCAGAUGGUUCUACUACUACCACUAAAGAUACUCAAACCUUGUUAUCAGAAUGCUCUUCUAGUCUGCGAUCUACCUCACAAAUGGAUUUAUAUAGCAAGGAUACUAGAUUAGAUAAAGACGUUUUUGAAUCAAGUGAAACAAAAUCAGAUACUCAAGUUAGUGAUGCCACUGAUAAAACAAAUGAUCAAGAGUCUACCAUUGAUACUCACAGCAAAAUUGCAUAUGUAACAGAAAUGGAUGAAUCAGACGUAGAGGAUGCAAUAAUAGAUACAGAUGUUAGUAAGAGAAUAAUUAAAGAAAAUAAUAUUGAUAUAAUAGAAACUGUAACUACCAUAACAAAAAAAGAAACAUUGAACGUAAGUGACGAUAAAAAAAUUAUAAGAACUACUAUCGAAACAAAUACUGUUAAAGAAUAUCCGGAUGGUUCUAAAGAUGUUCAAAAGAAUGUUGAAGUCAAAACCGAAGAAUUAACAGUUGACUACAGUAGUAAUCUUGAAAAUAUAUUAAGUAAUUUCACAGUCUAUGGUGAACCAGAAGAAAUUGUCACGACAAAAACGGAAGAUAUUUUACAAGAAAAUAUUUUAAUUAAACGAACUAUUUUAACUAAAAUUGUGAAAACUAAGUAUGCUGACGCAAACCAAAGACCUACGAAAAUCAAAAUAGUUACUACUAUAACCACCACCGAUAAUUAUCCAGAUGGUUCAUCUAGUACUAAAGUUGAUACUAGUACUUCACUAAUGGAUAUUGAUGUAGAAAACGAGAAAGAAACAUCGGAACUAAUAGACUUUACAGAAAUUGAAGAUAAAUCAACGAAAGUAGAUAAAUAUGAGAAAAAUAUUUUUAUCGAUGGUAAAAGUGUAUUGCAAAUUAUAACAAUAACAACGAUAAAAGAAAUAUUGACAACUAAAGAUCGAAAAAAGAAGAAAAUAAAGACUACCGUAGAAACACUUACAGAAACAUUUAGGCCUGAUGGAUUAACUGAAGUCACAAAAGACGUCAAAGUAACCAUCUCUGACUACGAAGUGGAUGUAACGGAGGAACAUUUAGAAGGUUUUGUAGAAAUAGGUGAUCCGGAACAAACUACUACUACAAAAACAGAAGAAAUAUCAGAAAAUGAUACUCAAAUAAAAAGAAAGAUUACAAUCACAACAACAAAAAAUAAAUUUCAUAAUUCUCCUAAUAAAAUUAAUAGAACUAAAACAACCGUUAAAACGAUUAUUGAAGAUGAAUAUCCUGAUGGUUCUAUUAUUAUAAAAACUAGUGAAAAAAUAUCAUUUUGUGAUGAAACACUUACAUCAUUAGAUAUUGAUAUGUUACCUUCUGAUAAAAUCGAUCAUCAUGAUGCAAAAUCUAUCGAAUAUAAUACAGAAACAGAUCAACAUUCAGAUAAUACAUUGCGCACUGCGAGGAAAUCAAGUACGACAAUAAGCGAUAUAGAAACAGUUGAUUACAAAGAAGUGAUUGAAAUACCUGAAACACAAUCUUGUGAAGAAAUUACAGACAAUAGCAAAAUCGAAUCGCUACUUAAAGAGCUUCUUCCAGAAGAUAAAUCAGAAGAAAAUGAAACUAGUACAACAGAAGAAAUUAUACAAGAUGAUGUAAAAAUUUUAAGAACAAUUGUUACUAGAAUAGUAAAAACAAAAUACUCAGAUCUUCAUGGUGUCUUACGAAAGCAAAAAACAGUUACUACUGUUACAACUACCGAUAGAUAUCCAGAUGGAUCAUCACGCACAAUGGUUGAUACUAGUACAUCAGUAAGUGAUAUUGAAACGUCUGAUUUUGUACAAACUCAAGAUUUGAGAGAAUUUCCAAAUUUAGAAGAUAAAACUGUAAAUGUCGAUACUCAAGAGAAAAUUAUACCUAAAUAUGGUAAACAGGUAAAACAAAUUGUCACUACUACGACUACUAAAGAAAUAUUUUCAUCUGUUGAUCGAUCUAAGAAAAAAAUGAAAACAACAAUAGAAACGAUAACGGAAACAAUGCUUCCCGAAGGGGUAACUGAAGUAACAAAAGAUGUUAAAGUUUCUGUAGCUGAUUAUGGAAUAGAAACAUUUGAUGAAAAUUUAGAAGGGUAUAGUGAAAUUGGUCUACCAGAUGUACAAACAAUUUCAGAAACAGAUAAAAUUGUAGAAAAUGGCAUCACAAUAACAAGAAAAACUACUAUCACUACUAUUAAACAACAAUUUGAGAAUAAGUCUAUUAAGUGCAAAAAAAUUAAAACUACUGUGAAAACAGUGAUUGAAGAUGAGCAUCCAGAUGGAACUGUUAUUACAAAAAAGAGCGAAAAAGUAUCUAUUGCAGAUGUUUUUCUAAAAUUGCCUAUACAAGAUGAAGAUAUUCCUCCAGAGUCAUAUAUUGAUGAUUCAGAAAUUGUAGAGGAUACAACAGAAGAAUCCGAUGUUAAAAAUGAAACCAUUCAACAAGGUUCAAUGACGAUAAAACGGACAAUUACAACAAAAACAAAAAAAGAAACGUUAGCAAGUACGGAUAAAAAUAUAAGACGAGUAAGAACAACCGUUGAAACAAUUACAGUUGAUGAAUUUCCAGAUGGUUCUACUGAAACUACAAAAGAUGUAAAAAUCACGAUAUCAGAAUUCCAAAAAACAUCUGAUAGUGAUUUACAGGCUGCUCUACAAGGAUUACAAUCAACAGGCAAAGUUAAAACAUCUGUAGAUAAAAAAACCAACACGAUUGAAAUCAAUGGCGAUAAAAUAACACAGACUAUUACUACAUAUGUUACUAAAGAAGAGCUAAAAAAUAAUGAAUCGAAUGAAAUAGCUGUAAAAACUGUCACAGAAACCGUAACUGAAAAUGCAAAAGAUGAUGGUUCCAUUGAAAUCACUAAAGAUGUACGUACUCAAAUUACAUAUUUGCCGAUUGGUACUGGAUUAGAUGACUGGACACCAGAAGAAUUAGAACAGAUAGAAAAGCAACUUACAAAAGAUGAAAAACUUACUCCUGAAGAACUAUCACUACAGAAAAAACAAGCUAAAUCUGAAAUAAAACCUAAAAAGCAACGCUCUCCUGUCGGUGAUAUAACUACUGAAACUGAAACAUUUACAAAGUCGAUCAAAGAAGGCGAUAAUAUAAUAAUACAAACUAUAACUGUAAACACAACUAAAGAGGUAAUUAGUCCAGAAAAAAUAAAAAUAACAGUAGAAACUAUUACAGUAAGUAAAGGCAGUGAUGGUGUAACUAAGACAACUAAAUCCACUAAAACUACAAUAUCGGAAUUUAAAGAAGAAUAUGAAGAAAUUAUAGAUACAGGUGAAAGUGAAAAAUCGUUUUCGAAACAUUCGGUUACUAGUGAUGAUUUAGAUCAUCCUGGUAUAUCAUCUCCUCCGUCAGAUAUUAGUUCAAGAGGAUCUAGAGCUACCACUCACGUCUGGGGUACCGAAAGCAGUGGUUUAUAUUAUAGUGAUGAUGAUGGUCAGGGUAGUCCAAGCAGCACGAAAUCUCAAAUUGCUCAUUCUCCAAGAUCUAAUCUUAGCUUUGAGUUAGACUCUAAAUUACCAUCUCAACGGGAAAUAAGUCAAGAACUUAUAUCUGAUAAACAAGAUAUCGAUUCAGUUGCAAUUAAUAAAGAUUUAAUAUCUUCUACGACAUAUGGACAAUUAGCAGAAGAUGAUUCAUGCACAUCUUCAACUCACUCUGAGGUAAAGACUGAAAUACACGUUACUGAAAAGCCACUUUCCAAAAUCGCCGAUGAUUUUCUAUCCCACGAAAAAAUCCAAUCACAAAUUUCUGAACAUAGUAGUAAAUCUUCUGAUGCAACUUUCUUAAGAGAGGCAGAUGAACAUUUUGAAAAGGCCAUUGAAGAGCACAAGAAGGUUAGUGGCUCAGAAGUAAUAUCAAAUAUAACAGCUAAAUAUGAACUCGAUCAACACUCAUCUUCAAAAGAUGAAACUACUAUAACAUUGAAAGAUCUUAAAACUGAGUCUACUAAAAAAGUUACUGAAUCUAGCUUUUCCUCUACAAGCAGCAGUAAGGAAUCGAAAAUUACAAAAACUGAAAAAAGUGAAACUCACACCAUCUCUAAAGACCCCAUCGAAUCUUGGGGUAAACCACUCGGUUUGCCUAGUCCAGUUUUGCCACCGUCCCAAUCAGAUGGAAAGAGUACGCCUAAGAAACAAGUAACCAGCUCAACUGUUCUAAACAAAAACAAAAUUAAUCAAGAAAAAAGCAAAGAAGUUAAAAAUCGUACUUCAGAAUCACCCAGUAAAAAGAAAUCCCCUGCGCCAGUAUACAUGGAGCUCACAUAUGUGCCCCACCAUGGCAACUCAUAUUACUCAGCUUUGGAAUUUUUCAAGCGUGUAAGAGCACGUUAUUACGUGUUUUCCGGCACAGAACCGUCUAAAGAAAUCUAUAAUGCCCUUUUAGACGCCAAGAAGACCUGGGAAGAUAAAGACUUAGAAGUAACAAUAAUUCCCACGUACGACACGGACGUUCUUGGCUACUGGGUAACUGAAAAUGAGGAAGCCCUGGAGAAAUACAAGAUAGACCUUUCGCCAUCAGCGUCUCGCUGCACAAUCAACCUGCAAGACCACGAGACCUCAUGUGCUGCCUACAGACUCGAGUUCUAGGUGUCGGGUCUAUUUGUAGCUUUCUCAUCGAAGAAGUAAGCCACUCGUUAAGCAUUAGAUGCUUCUGAAUACAGGAAUCAAUGAGUCAUUUAUUGUUGUAGGAAAAAAAAAUAGGCUGUGAUACAGAUGGAAGCUUUCAAAAGCAUCUAUGCUAUAAACUUAAAGGCUACUAUUCCGUAUGAGAUAGUUUGCAAAUAGAUACACUUAGCGUAUUGUGAUAUUUGAAUGAAAUUAACAGACUGUUGAUGAGUUUGAUAAAAUCUUAGUUAAUAAUGUACCAAGUGAUAUACUAACUGAACAAAGUGCUGGUGUAGUCGUGUACGUCGCGCGAUGUGUUUGUUUCGCGUGCCGCGGCCUACCGCCCACCCAAACUGACACAGUCCUUACCGCAUCCAGUUUAGAAGUCAAUAAAUAACCAAAUUCUCGACCUAAGAACAGAAACGUCCAUUUUUUUCUAAAACUGUUUUCUAAAAAAAAAAAAAGCUUUCAUUAAAAUAGUACAUGCCAUUUAAAAUAUAUUUCGGAUGAUAUUUUGGUCUUAUACAAACAGUAGUGCUUUUAUACACAAUUUUUAGCAUAACCAGUCCAUUUUGUUUAGCCAAAACAUUGCUUGUGUAUUCACACAUCAAAAUUUUCGAAAAUUAUUUUGCUAUCGCAUUGUGAAGUUUUAAAUAGAAAUUGUUGUACAAAAAGUUAGCGAACACGGCCACAAAUUGUUUUUAGCGUAGUAAUGCUUUGUAGGAAGGACGUGAUAUGAUUCAAGUCGACAUAUUUAUUGAUAAUAUCUGUCAGAUGUAAGAUAAAAAAAAAUCUGAUGUACUUUUUUAUGAUCAAAAUUUGAAUAAAUGAAUUAUAUUUAACGAAUUGUCUUAUAAAGACACACUUAAAGAUAUAAAGUCGCUCGACAAGCUAGUGCCGCUUGCGCUAGUUCUAAUAAAUAUUGUUAGAAGUGACUUAUUGAAUAUUGUUAUCAAUAACAUUCUAGAAUGACAAAGAUGACUUCUCGUCUCACACUUACAGAUGAGUGACGUAUGACUAUAUGAAUCCAUGUAGACGUAAGAUUGAUAACGGUUCUACCUAAACUAUGUACUAAGUCAAGCUUGUUUUCACGAAUGCGUUUCAAUUGAGGUAGAUAUAUAUAUUAGUUCAAUCGACACAUAUGCCUGGCUGUGCUGAAAAAAAUAACCGUCUAACGUAAGAAUUAUUUUUAGGUAAGAUUUUGGAUAUAUUCGGAACUUAUUCGAGAAUAUUUAGAAAACCUGCAUUUCUAAAUGUUUUCAAAUGUAUUUCGAGUAAGCUCCUAAGAUGUGAUAGCACGUUUUGGCACAGCGAGGUACAAGAGUCGAUUGCUUCGCAGAAAACGAAGUGAUCUCUGUUCUUCUAGAUCAACAGUGAGCCUAAAACGAUAGAGAGCUUAUCCCAUUAUAAAAUAAAUGUUUUACUAGGACUAUUAUUACAAAAUGAACACUAUUUACCUUUGUUUAAGUUGACUCUUGCUUGUUGCGUAAAGUUAUGACAUAGUUAUAUUAAAUACGUGUUAAACAUUUUGCUGAUUUUGAAACGAACAAUCGUAAAUUGUAAAAGAGAUAAAUUAUUUUAUUUGUUGCAAAAAUUUUAUCAUUGUCUCUAUAUAUUUUUGAGUUGUUACAUAACAUUUUUAAUCUAGUCGAAACGACCCAAAUGCGAAAAUGGUAGUUAUGAAAAUAUUUGUUCCUAAUCGUAUUAUGUUUAUAAUACCUUUUUUUAAUUAAAUAUACCCGAAGCCUCAUGUAAUAUACAUAAUUAAAAUACAACUCCAGUAGAUAUUUAUUUGUUUUACAAUUAAAUACUAAUUUUCGAAUGAUAAUGUGCGAAUGUGAUAAUGUGGAAAAAAAAAUUCAUUGUUUAUUUAUCGUACCAUCUAGUGAAUAAGCUGUAACGCUCCCGGCUUUUCCACUCGACACUAACUUUAAUUUCAGUAACACCAUAUGCCAAUCUAUCAAACUAAAGGAAGGUUUUGAGUCAAUUAAUUUUAAGUCAUUCAUAGUGAUAAGCCGGUCUCGACGACACGCGUCAUUAUAACGCUUAUUUUGCCUGCAUCGUAUUAAAAAAAUAGCGAAAUACCUAUAUCUGAUCGCACCAGCACAAUAUACUAAUAAAAUAUAUAUGUAUAUUAAAAGGUGAAUAAAAUAUAUCUAUUAAUGUAUUCUAUAUAUUUUUUUUUAUGUAAUACUUUAAAAGUAUGAAUGAGAUUUUGUUUCUAUAGUUAUGUUAUAAUUAUUAUUGACAUAGUAUGCGUUUGAUGUGUGCACAAGAAAUAAUUGUUUUCAAUAUACGAUCAAUGCUUAGGUAGUUGUGGAUGGGACUAAACAGGGAGUGGUUAAAUAAAUGGUGUCGAAACCGUUGCACUGUUAUAUACUAUAUUAUCUUCCGCUUUCUAUCUUAUGUAACUUAUACAUAUAUUGGCAGCUGGAUGCAGUUUUUACUAUGUCUAUUACAUACAAAUGAUUGCAUAUAAUGUUAAGUUUGUUAUGUUAAUCUAUCUGUUAACAAUUGCAGUAUGCAACAGUGCACCGGCGACGACGCAUAGGCGCUUAAACGUGUGUAACGUUUCAUUUUAAUUAGGCUUACAAUUAAUUUAGCCGGCAUCCACAAUUUAGCUGGCUCAGAAGCCUGACCCAAAAGUUUACUAUUGUAUUUUAUAGCUAGAACUCUAAUUGAAGCAUAUUAUUAGGAAUAUUAAAAUGUUAUUAAAAAUUAAGAAAUGUAUCGGCUUAGUGAACAUCAAUAGCUCUGUGAAAAUAAAUCAUUAUGAAAAUUAUUAAAUGUUCUAUCAUUCCGGCUGUGGUCUCUAUCGAACACUGUAAUGAACAUCACGCCGACCGGCCUUGACCACGCAGCGGUUGUUGAAACGAUUGUCUAUGGAUGAGUGAAAACAAAAAAAAAAAAAACUAUAUUUUACUAAUCGAAAGAAUUAUUUUAAAUACGUGUACAGCAAUAAUGGUAACACGAAGUUAUCCUAUUUAUGUUAUCGCAAUAUGAAAAUAGGUUUUUUUUUCGAAUUUACAAAAUCACAACGAUUUAAAUGAUUAAUAAUAUAAAAUAUAAAUAAUUUUAUUACAUUGAUUUGAAUAAAAAAAAAAUGAAAUAUAAUUUUCAGAGUGAUAAUUUUUUAAUUCUUAUUAUAUAUAUAUAUAUAUAUAUAUAUAUAUAUAUAUAUAUAUAUAU